AUGUCGCUGCCACGCUCCUCGUACGAUCCUCGGCGAGUCUGUCUGAUCUCCCUGCCACGGAUCACCCUAGGGCCGAAGAAGCGUGAGUUUGGCGUCUACGCUAGCGGUGCACUGUUUGCCAUAGGAUGGUGGUUCUUUCUCGACGCAUGCGUACAGAGCUCGCACUCCCAUCCGCCCCCCGAUGCACCCUACGACAGCGUACCCGUUCACGUACGAUUUGAGGACUGGCUGCCUGGCUUGUUGGCCACUCUGGGCAUGAUCAUCGUCAACCUGAUCGACAAGCAAAGGCUCGACAGCGACGAUGAAGGGGGCAUGCUCGGCGGCGUGGCAUGGAAAGCGAGGCUAUUCCUGUUCAUCGGGUUUGCCAUGAUGGCCGCCGGCCUGGCUGGUUCAAUCGCAUUCUUGGUGAUCAAGUACAUCAUACCAGAUUACAGCGCAGAGUACGGCUUCACGACUUAUUGGGGAAUAGCAAAUGUCGUCCAAAACGUCUGCAUCAUGCUCAGUGCGAGCAUACUGUGGGUAGCUCAGAACGCAGACAGCGAGUACGAAUACAACCUUGCGCUGUAA